CAAGUCCGCUUGCUUGGCUGUUAGGUACCUCGACUUUCGCAAACAAAUCAACCAGAUUCACAUCAUAACGCAUACAAUUAUUUGCAGUUAUCUACAAUUUGCUUGAGGAGAAAUCUUGUCUUCAUUCAACUACAAUCACAAUUAAAAUCACUUUCCCAUUCUCCAUUUGUCUUUGGCACAGUUUCUACACCGCAAAAAGAAGCAAAUCGAACCCAAUCAACCGCUCGACGCCUUUCCACAUCGACCAUCGCAUACAUUUGCGCCGGCGCUAUUCUUCUAACAGCCCUCGACUCUAAUAAUCUAAGAUUUCACAUAAAAUCGAACAAUCAAGCGACCUCGAUUUAUCAAAUCAACCUCCGAAUCAUUUUUUGUCGCGUUAUUGCCCCACUCAUACGUCGACGCUUCCAAACAACUCGCGCGAGCGCGUUAAGUCGUAGAAUACAGAACACAAUGGCGGACAUAGAUUAUAGUAGGAGAAACAAGUACGCGAGACCAAUCUCGGAAGCCGAAAAGGAACGGUUAGAUGAGUUCGUUGAUGCGAUCCAUUAUUCAGCAAGGUCAGUACAAGUAAUGGCACAUAACAAUGCGCCUUGCUUUCCAUCGCGCAUACACUUAUCUCUUCGUACAGAUACUCCGACGAUCAAUACGAGUACCGACAUGUCCAGCUACCAAAAGCCAUGCUGAAAGUCAUUCCCAAGGAGUACCACGAUCCCCAAACUGGUACCUUGAAGCUACUGUGGGAGGAAGAAUGGAGGGCAUUGGGAAUAACACAAGUAUGCAGAGGACAAAUGAACCAAAAAUUGACAGAACUAAUUAAUUGUAAAUAGAGUCUUGGCUGGGAGCAUUACGAGGUACAUGAGCCAGAACCACACAUUCUCCUCUUCAAGUACGUUACGGGAUAUCCUCAAACUCUUCUAAACGCUAACGAGUCCAUCUAGGAGAUCAAUUAAUUAUCAACCACCAACUCAGCAGCAAUAGAUAUGUUGCAUGUUUUUUAAACUCGAUUUCCGCGAGUCUUUGAUCCGGCAUAACAUCUUACACGAGGACAUAUGCUCUGACGAUGUUACGUCUUAUGUCUCUCCUAGGUUUCGCUUUAUGGUUUUCGAUUAUAAGUUUGAUGUAUUAGAUCAGGAUUAACUCACAUCAUCUCCACUGCUAUAUACUGGUCCUACUUCAUCUUGGGAAUUAACAAUAGCGAGGCUUUUCAGGGCUGGUUGCAAUGGAUUUAGAAACUGUAGAAAGGCAGAAGAAGAAGCCAAUUGGCAAUGAUGAAUGUAUGACGCAUAGCAGGCUCAGCAUAAGUAUAAGAAGAUGAGAGGACGUUUCAAGGUCACAAUGGAGGUGACUGUCCUCAGAUCAACGUCCUCAUCGAAAGGCGAGGUUUACCAGAAGAAGAAGAAAAACAACAAAUUGUAUUUACACCUCUGUUCUAUUCCAGUGUCAUUAUGUGAUGGUGUA